AUGUAUUCAAGUGAAUCAGUGGAGCCGCAACGAAUCAGAUCAGUCGUUGGAAGUGUUAAUGGGCGGUCUUCACAGAGGCGAUCGGGAGGUGGAUCUGCCGCUGCUUCGCGUUUAUUUAUCAAUGCGGUGAAAGAUGCAAGCAGAAGUUCAAAAGGAACAGGGGAAAAGUAUGACGAGAAUAGCUCAGACAAUAUAGUACAUCAAAGUAAGCGUCCCUAUAGUACAAGCAUAGAAAGCUUCAGAGAUGAUCAAAAAAACAAAGCCCGGAGGGUCGAGGGUGAUUCGAGUAUAGAUGAAAGUCGGUCACAAUCUUACGAGAGAAGUCUCCACACGAAAAAUGAGCAUUAUUCCAGUGAUCAUGAGGCGUAUGAUCCUUCAUUGCAAGACGGAGAGCGUAGUAGAUUUGCGAGCCAGGAUUUUGAGAAUCGAGGAUUUUACAGGUUUGGUUCAUACGGAGAUGGAUCGAUGGGGCAAGGGACCUUUGGAAUGGGUCCAAGUGUUUUCGGAAUUGACACAAUUGGACAAAAUCACAUGGGUCAUUUUGGGCAUGGUGGAAUGGAUCAAGGCAUGUUUAAUCCAGGAUCUUUCAACUUUCAACCAAGCUUAAUUGGAAUAGAUAUAUACGGUGCGGCCCCUAUUGGGCCGAACACCCUUGAGAAUAUUUCUGGACAAGAACAAGAUUUCCAAGGUUUGCGUGAUAAAGAACAAAAACCUUUCAGAUCCGGUGCUGGAUCCACAUCUGUUACGGCAACGAUUAAUACGAACGCUUCAAUUACCGCGACUUCUAGUAGUGUUUCGGCAGAACCAGCUCAAGAAAAAGAUGAUACAUUGGCUCCAAGUUCUCAAUCGUCCCUUGCAGUUUCAUGUAAAUACGGAGAACGUUGCGCGAAUCCUAAUUGUGUGUAUGCGCAUGUUAGUCCUGCGAGUGUUGGAACUGGAAUUACCCCUUCAUCGUUGUUGGAAAUACCUUGCAAGUAUGGAAUCGAAUGCGGACAGGCAAAAUGUCGUUACUCUCAUCCUUCUCCGGCUAAUUUGAUUGCCCCCUGCAAGUUUUACCCGAAUUGUAAGAAUCCGGUAUGCCCCUAUCUACACGUGGACUAUAGCGAAACUGUUGCUAAAGUUCCAACCCCUUGCCGCAACGGUGCCCUUUGUACGCGACCCGACUGUCUUUUCAUGCAUCCAUGGGAUAUGGAAAUGGACACGAAUAUACCA